AUGAGUGGCAACACCAGCAAGCCGUGGAUACCUGAAACGGCAAGCCCCGAAAUCAAAUUUUACAAUGCCAAUGUCGUGGACGUGGAAGCAGGCGAUAUCAUCCAGAAUGCCCUUGUGCACAUCAAGGGUGGUCGAAUCGUGGAAGUCUCCUCGGGUGAUGCAGCAAGUCCACUUUCCCUCCCGGCAAAUGCAGUAGAUCUAAAGGGCCAGUACAUCUGUCCUGGCCUGAUAGACUGCCAUGUACAUAUGACUGCGACCCCAGGCUCUGCCUCUUUAAAAGACAUGUUUUUCGCGAGCCCGAACAGCAUUGCGUAUCGCUCUGCCUUUGUAGCGCGGGAGAUGCUUCUUCGCGGAUUCACCACUGCACGCGAUACCGGUGGUGCCGACUAUGCCCUCCGUGACGCCAUAGCCGAAGGCUUGAUUAUGGGUCCACGACUCUUCAUCGCCGGCAAGGCACUUUCUCAGACUGGGGGCCACGGGGAUUUCCGCGCGAUUUACCAAGGGCCGGAACACAAAUGCUGUGGGGGCCACACCCCUGAUCUCGCACGGGUGUGCAACGGAGUACCUGAGUGUCUAGAGGCUACCCGCGACGAGCUCCGGCAAGGAGCGGAUUUCAUCAAGAUCAUGUGUGGUGGUGGUGUCGCAACCCCGUCAGAUGCGCUUGAUAUGCUUCAGUUCACUGCGGAGGAGAUCCGUGCGAUCACGACCACUGCGCAGCAGUCAAAAACAUACGUUACAGCACAUGCAUACACCGUGGAGGCUAUUCGUCAUGCUGUCGAUAACGGCGUUCGAGGCAUCGAACAUGCAAAUUUCAUUAACGAAGAGACUGCGGCCUACUGCACGAAAUUGGACGUCGUUUUUACUCCGACGUUGGUGACUUAUCACGGAAUGUCCAAGCCACCUUUUGAUAAGUUCCUGGAUGAUUUCAGCCAAGCCAAGAAUCGUCAGGUCCUCGCCAGUGGACUGGAAGCCUUGUCCAUUUUGCAGAAAGCAGGUGCAACAAUCUGCUAUGGCUCCGAUUUACUGGCAGGCCUACACCCUCUGCAAAAUCAAGAGUUCUCCAUUCGGUCGGCCGUACUAAGUGCAAAGGACAUCUUAAAGUCCGCUACCGUCAAUGCGGCCAGAUACGUAGGAAUGGAGGGUCAGCUCGGGUGCAUCAAAGAAGGGGCUCUUGCCGACAUGCUGAUAUUGGCAUCUAACCCCCUGGAGGACAUUACUGUGCUCGAUCGCAUGCAGGAGCAUCUUGUGGCUCUUCUGAAGGAUGGGCGUAUUGUUUUCAAGAAGUCGGAUUGGCUGUGCGUAGACCCUCUCUACAAUCCUUGCCAUGUCCAAGCCUAG